AUGUCUCGAUUUAAUUUGUCAUGUCUUGUUGUAUUCUUAGUCUUUAUUUCUGUUGUUUCAGCAGUAACUAUGAAUGUUACUGUAGGAGGUAGUGCUGGCGAGUUGACCUUUACCCCACAAAACAUCACUGCAUCUAAAGGCGACGUGAUCCAAUUCGUUUGGGCAGGUGGCCAACAUUCUGUCAUUCUAUCUGAUGCUGCUGGUGCCUGUACCCCAUCAACUAAAGUUCAAGGCAAUGCUACUAUCUCUACAGCAAAAACUAAUGGCACUGCAACAUACACAAUGGAUGGUUCUGCUCCAAAAGUCUGGUAUUAUUGUGGUGUAAAUAUGCAUUGUGCAAAGGGUAUGUGGGGUAUAAUCACUUUGGCAGGUACUGACGAAACAAAAGCCAGUAGUGCAAAUCGUAUUUCUGGAGGAGUGAGUUUUGGAAUUCUUAUGGUGAUUGGUGCUGCUGCUUUCUUGUUUUAA